UCUAACCUAAAUUCUAUAUUCUGUUAUGGAACGCGAAGCGCGGUAGGGUAAAGAGGGCGACAACUACGGAUCUCUUUCUCUUUUUGACAGCUAAAAAUACAGUUUUUGACGGACCGUCGGCGAGAACGAACCCUUGACUAAUUCGGAAACGACACACGCUCCCAUGCAUUUUCAAUCGUUUAUAUGGAAUUUUCUUUGUUAAAUAGAAGCACACUCGUUCGGUUCAUCGAGUUAUACGUUUAUUACCAAAUUGCGAUUAAUUAUGGCUUUAUCGUUGGCUUUAAUUUCCAAACUCAGUGAACAUGCUCGUUGUUUACCCGCGAUAGUUCUGAUUUCCACUUAUAUGGUAGUGCUUAAAUCGCGAUGAAAUUAAUAUGUAUGGUGCUUUAUACGAUAAUACGUGUAUAUUUUUUCGCUCGUAAUACAUGGAAAUAGGAGGAUCAACAUGUCACAUCAUUUUGUCACAGUUUGUGUGGUAUGUGUUUUAUGUGCUACACAUACUCCUUGCUCUGCACAUAGCGAAUUCUCUACAACAGGACAGGCAACUCGUGAUAAUGUGAACCCUGAAAAUCUAAGAAAUCCUAAGGAACAGUUACAGCCAUCCCAGCUAUUAAUAAGAUCUAAAGAAACACAACAGAAAGAUGCAAAAAUGCUAAAUUUAAAUAAUUUAGAUAAAAUCCAUAUUAAGAGGAAAACACUACAAAAUGUAAAAGAUCAUAUAGCUAUUGAAGAUGUUCCAAUAACAGAAGAUAAUUUCACGACAUUGAAAGAUUUAGAAAUAAUAGAAAGACUAGGUCAAAUUGAAAUAAUUGAAUCUGUUAAAGAUCAAAACUCUUUGAAUGGAGUUAGAAGAAAAAGAAACAUAGACACUAUGGAUGAAAAGUAUUUCAUGAAAAAAGUUUUUGAAACUUAUGGAGAUGGUAAGAGUGUAACAAUGGAAGGUUUUGAAAAGUUAUUACGAAAACUGGGAUUACUGAGGUUAUUAACAGAUAUAUCUAGAUUAGAGGAUCCUAAUAUUGUUACUAGUCAACAUGAAAAUCCAUUAGAUAAAUCAAAGAAUAUACAAAAUAAUGGCCUAUCAGAAUACGAAAAUGAAACUAAAAAGGAACGGUGCUUAAAUAGUAGAGAAUUAUUAAGUACUGUUGCAAGAGAUAUAUCCUACACUAAUAAUAAUUCAACAUUACCAAGUUGGCUUUUUGAACGCGUGUGUCCAGCUCUUGUUUACCAAUUAGCAGGUGAAUCGAGUUCAGAAAGAAAUGGAUGCAUUCUUGUGCCAGAGAAUUAUAAACCAGUAAUUAAUAAGUACCUUGGAGAGGAUGUAACACGUAAUAUGGUUCAAGUAUGGGCCUAUUCUACAAUUAGUAUUCUAAUAAUCAGUCUCUGUGGUUUACUCGGUGUAGCCGUUAUACCUUGCAUGGGUAAAGUUUACUAUCAUCAAUUGCUACAGUUUCUGGUCGCUCUCGCUGUAGGAACUCUAUGUGGUGAUGCUCUUAUUCAUUUGUUACCACAUGCAAUGAUGCCACAUGAUCACAGUCAUGAACAAGUUCAUGAUAAUGAUAGCGAUCAUGCUACGAUAGAUCAUAAGGAACAACACAAUUCGAAUAUGUGGAAGGGAGUGGUUGCAAUGAUAGGUCUCGCAUUAUUUUUUUUUACGGAGAAGGCUCUGACAUUGGUAGCAGAGUGGAGGAAACGUCGACAACGCCGUAAUAAGCUUCCUUCGCGUGUUAGAGUAAUGAGAGAGACGGACGGACCAAACAGUAAUGUUGUCGGAGAGAAAUUUUGUAAACACAAAUAUUCGUCGUACCCAUAUUGUUACGGUGAAAUUAAUACGGAUACUCAAGGUAAAACGUUGCUUUGGUUUAUUCGGUACUUUAGUAAAAUACAUCAUAAAAAGGAUAUUUAUUAUUCAGAUAACCAUCAUAAUCGUCAACAUAAUAAUCACGAAAGACCUCCCGUUAUCGAAGAAGAGAAACCUCUGACGUCCAAUUGCAAUUCAGUUUCGAAAAUCAUGACGAAUGAUGUAGAAAAGAAAUCACACGAAGAUUGGAGAUUAGUAGACGAUUCAAUUGUAAAUACUAAAAAAAAUACGGAUGGUGCUGACAUACCUUUAAACAAAUCGGAGAGUUAUACGGUUAUUAUACGCGAGCAUGAAACAAAACAUCACGGCCAUACUCAUUCGCAUGGUCAUGUUCAUUCUGCACCAGAAUCUAUGUCGAGCGUUGCGUGGAUGGUAGUAAUGGGGGAUGGUUUGCAUAACUUUACGGAUGGUAUGGCUAUCGGAGCCGCUUUUUCAGCGAACAUCGCGGGUGGUUUUUCAACAGCGAUAGCAGUGUUUUGCCAUGAAUUACCACAUGAAAUAGGUGACUUCGCAGUUCUAUUAAAAGCUGGCAUGAGUGCUAAACAGGCUGUCUUUUAUAACCUGUUAUCUUCCGUGCUCUGUUUAUUUGGUAUGAUAUUUGGCGUGUUAUUGGGCAGCACUCCAGCUGUGAGUAGUUGGAUGUUCGCAGCCGCUGCAGGAAUGUUUAUAUAUAUAGCAUUAGUGGAUAUGAUUCCAGAAUUAUCUUCGAGUCACUCAGUGGAACGUAGUUCUCAAUGGCAAUGUAUUUUACAAGCGUUAGGGCUAUCAUGCGGCGUUGGUAUAAUGUUAAUUAUAGCGUUCUAUGAACACGAUCUUAAGAAUAUGUUCAGUGGAUAAACUUAAAAAGACUGACAACUUUUUUAAACAAUGGUAAGCUUGCAGUACUUCCUACAGACUUAUUCAUGGGUUAAUACGUGAGUCAAUAAAACUUUAGUUGUACAUUCUUACCGAAAUAUUUACUUUUAUUACAUUAUAAACAAUUUAAUUUUCCUUUUACAUAUGUCUAGUAUAAAAUUACUUGAUAACAACAUAAUUUGUUGUUAUGAAAACUUAAGAAGGUACUACAUAGGAGUAAAUGCUAAAUGUUUAACAACAUUUAUAACCUUAAAGGGUACUCAAUGCACAAGAACGAAUGAAAUAGAUAACUUGGAGAACCUUAGAUAAUUCAAAUACAAUGACAAUAUUUGAAGUAUACUUGCUAUAAAUCAUACUUAAGAUAUUGCGUUCUUUUAAAUUAAUAUAAAAAGCAAGGAUCAAGAGUAAGAUUUGAAUGCUUUGAAAAUUUGCUGAACAGAACGUUAUGAAAAUAGGUAAAUAUAGUUAAUUUUUACUAAAUACUUUUGAUAUUUUGCAUAAUAAGAUCAUAUGAAUUUGUGAAAAUGCCAUGCAGUUCUCUUUACUUUGUUGGUUAUAAAUGAUUGGUGCUCGUAUUACUAAACAGAUAUUACAUAGUAAUUUUAGUAUCAAGUCAAUACAAGUAAAAACUAUAGUACUAUUCUAUCGAUAUUUUAUUGAUUCAAGUAUUACGCGAUCUUUAUGGUAUAAUACAAAAUAUGAAAUAUUCUCUAUUUCAACACCACCAAGAUGACGUAAAUCCUCAAAUCCUCUUUAGUUACACAUAACUAAUUCUUUAAACCAGAAAACUUCCUAUAUACAUUUCUGAUCUUGUAUUUGGAGGUUAUAUGAAUUAAGAUUUAUAUUUCUUUUUUAACACGUUCACACUGGCAUGACCCACUAGGUGAGUCUAACUAGUACUUAUGAAAUAUUCUCUAGGUUAUAUAUCUUUUGGUUCUUCUUUAUGUUAUGUUAACCCUUAGAUAACUAGAAGGGUCAAACGUAUCGAAAAUGAAACUGGCCUAUUUCAUUAAUAACUAAUUGACUUAAUCGAUUAAUAUUUGCCAAUUCAAAUAAUCUCCUCUUUUAACUUCAAUUUAAUUUUAUGUCAUGGUUACAUGUUUCUUAAGUAUCUUCAAUUGACCAAAGUUAAAUCAUUUUAAUCUGGGGCCAUACAUCGUUCAUACAACUAGUAGGUUUACCUACUCUUUUCAAUUUUUUCGUAAAUUCUAUUAUGUUACUUCGUAAAGUGCCUUUUAUUAUUUAGAGAUUCUGGUCGGUGGAGAAUUCUCAGUAUUAGAUUCGUCAAUCUUUUAUAAUGCUGCUUAAUAAAAACUGUAUAUCAUCAGACUCCGAGUUGAACGUGUUAAUCGUCAAUUGCCUGGCAUUCACACAAUGUAUAUGUGUUUCUAGGCUAUUAGUGCCCAAGUAUAAUUGUGAUAUAUUUACUACGAUAAUUGCAUUCUUUAUUUUGGUACAAUAACUUAAAUACUACUUCAUAUAAAUACCUUUUGAAUGAAUCAGCGUUACAUAUAAUAAUACGAGUCGUUCACUCGUAAAACUAGAUAUACUUUGUUGUUCGCAAUUGCAUUUUAUUGAGUUUACAAUAAUGUUGGCAUUCAGAAUUUUUUGGUGCUUAUUUCUUUCAAACUAUUUUAUUGUAAUUACUCUAUGUAUUUGCACAAAAUCUUAAAUUACAAUACUUCGAGAAAGGUGCAUAUACAAGCUUCUGUUUUAGCGAUCGUUGCGAACGAAAACAUUUAUAAAGUAAGACAUUUAUGAUGCUGUAGUUUGUCUUAGUUUUACCUAACUAGAAAUACGCUUGUGCACAAAAUGAUUAUGUCAAAUAUCGAUAUAGAGAAACAAAGAUGGUACAAAAAUAGUACACCAUUUACAAUGAUUGAAUAUAAUCAAAUUUUGACGUAUUCUCAUAUCGACACUGUAAUUACCAUUUUCUUCAUUAUGGGUAACUACUUAUCUUUGUACAUACUUGCAUGUCAUACCAUAAUAUAUACGAUCGAAACAUAAAAUCCAAAUAUUUCUAGCUGUAAAUCUCAAUAUUUUUAGCUGUACUUACGUAAACUAACGAAAACUUUAUUUAUGACUGUGGAAAACACUGAAUUAAAAAAACAUAUUUUUAAUUUUCUAAAAUCAUGCUUCGAAUAAAAUUUAUUUCCUCGCGUGGUGUAUACACCACGCCAAUGUGUAUUUCAAACUACUGCAUUUAUUACGUGAGCGUUGUCGUAAUGAACUCGAAAGUUUAUGUCGGAUAUGUAUUAUGCACCUUCUUUAUUACCUAAAAAAUGUAUCAUUUAAGCAACCAAAUUAUGGUAAAACCUCAUCUACUUAUUGUAAGUUACUUACGACACAUAUUUUGUUUAUAUGUUAAUAUUAAUGCUAUGAUCAAUAACGAUGUAUUUUUUUACAGAAAAUGUAAACAUUGAAAAAAAAGCAUUGUAUUCUUGUAAGCAAACACUUUUCUUAAGUUACAUCUUCUAUUAAUACUGGUGUAAUUAGCUAAAUGAUUUGCGCUGUUUGUACAAACUCAAAUGCUAAGUAUAAUAAUUAAUUUUCA